ACCAGGCGGCGUUGCGGCCCCGGCUCUCUCCGCCGUUGCCUCCCGCCCUCGCCGCCGCCGCCGCCGCCGCCAACAGCCGGGCCAGUCUGUCCGACGCUGCUCGCCGUGCCCGAGCCGGCCGCAUGGCGCUCCGCGGCUUCUGCAGCGCCGAUGGCUCAGACCCCUUCUGGGAGUGGAAUGUCACGUGGAACACCAGCAACCCUGACUUCACCAAGUGCUUUCAGAACACUGUCCUCGUGUGGGUGCCUUGCUCUUACCUUUGGGCCUGCUUCCCCUUCUACUUCCUCUAUGCCUCCCGCCAUGACCGGGGCUACAUUCAGAUGACACAUCUCAACAAAGCCAAAACUGCCUUGGGAUUUUUGCUAUGGAUCGUCUGCUGGGCAGACCUCUUCUACUCUUUCUGGGAAAGAAGUUUGGGCAAGCUCCUGGCCCCAGUGUUUCUGGUCAGCCCAACCCUCUUGGGCAUCACCAUGCUGCUUGCUACCUUUUUAAUUCAGAUCGAGAGAAGGAGGGGAGUCCAGUCCUCAGGGAUCAUGCUCACUUUCUGGCUUAUAGCCCUACUGUGUGCCCUGGCCAUCCUGAGAUCCAAAAUCAUGACUGCCUUAAAAGAGGAUGCCCAAGUCGACGUCUUUCGCGAUGUCACUUUCUACAUUUACUUUUCCCUCGUGCUGAUCCAGCUUGUGUUGUCCUGCUUCUCAGACCGCUCACCCCUGUUCUCCGAAACCAUCCACGAUCCCAAUCCUUGCCCAGAAUCCAGCGCCUCCUUCCUUUCCAGGAUCACCUUCUGGUGGAUCACAGGGAUGAUGGUCCAGGGCUACCGCCAGCCCCUGGAGAGCACUGACCUCUGGUCCCUGAAUAAGGAGGACACGUCAGAACAAGUUGUGCCCGUUUUGGUAAAGAACUGGAAGAAGGAAUAUGCAAAGUCCAGAAAACAGCCGGUGAAGAUCGUGUACUCCUCCAAGGAUCCCGCCAAGCCGAAAGGGAGUUCCAAGGUGGAUGUGAACGAGGAGGCUGAGGCUUUGAUUGUCAAGUCUCCCCAGAAGGAUUGGAACCCGUCCCUGUUCAAGGUGUUAUACAAGACCUUUGGGCCCUACUUCCUCAUGAGCUUCUUGUUCAAGGCUGUGCACGACCUGAUGAUGUUUACCGGCCCAGAGAUCUUAAAGUUGCUCAUCAGCUUCGUGAACGACAGGAAGGCCCCAGACUGGCAGGGCUACUUCUACACGGCGCUGCUGUUCGUCAGCGCCUGCCUGCAGACCCUCGUGCUGCACCAGUACUUCCACAUCUGCUUCGUCAGCGGCAUGCGGAUCAAGACCGCCGUCAUCGGGGCUGUGUACCGGAAGGCCCUGGUGAUCACCAAUUCAGCCAGAAAAUCAUCCACCGUCGGGGAGAUCGUCAACCUCAUGUCUGUGGACGCCCAGAGGUUCAUGGACCUGGCCACGUACAUUAACAUGAUCUGGUCAGCCCCUCUGCAAGUCAUCCUUGCCCUCUACCUCCUGUGGCUGAACCUGGGCCCCUCCGUUCUGGCUGGAGUGGCUGUGAUGAUCUUCAUGGUUCCCCUCAAUGCAGUGAUGGCCAUGAAGACCAAGACCUACCAGGUGGCCCACAUGAAGAGCAAAGACAAUCGGAUUAAGCUGAUGAAUGAAAUUCUCAAUGGGAUCAAAGUGCUAAAGCUUUACGCCUGGGAGCUGGCAUUCAAAGACAAGGUACUGGCCAUCAGGCAGGAGGAGCUGAAGGUGCUGAAGAAAUCUGCCUACCUGGCCGCCGUGGGGACCUUCACCUGGGUCUGCACACCUUUCCUGGUGGCCUUGUGUACGUUUGCCGUCUACGUGACCAUCGACAAGAACAACAUCCUGGAUGCCCAGAAGGCCUUCGUGUCCUUGGCCUUGUUCAACAUCCUUCGCUUCCCCCUGAAUAUUCUCCCCAUGGUCAUCAGCAGCAUCGUGCAGGCCAGUGUCUCCCUCAAGCGCCUCAGGAUCUUCCUCUCCCACGAGGAGCUGGAGCCUGACAGCAUCCAGCGAUGGCCCAUCAAAGACGCUGGGGCCACAAACAGCAUCACCGUGAAGAACGCCACGUUCACUUGGGCCAGGAGCGACCCUCCCACGCUGCAUGGCAUCACUUUCUCCAUUCCGGAAGGUUCCCUGGUGGCCGUGGUGGGCCAGGUGGGCUGUGGGAAGUCGUCUCUGCUCUCAGCGCUCUUGGCUGAGAUGGACAAGGUGGAGGGACACGUGGCUAUCAAGGGUUCAGUGGCCUACGUCCCCCAGCAGGCCUGGAUUCAGAAUGUUUCUCUCCGAGAAAACAUCCUUUUUGGACGCCAGCUACAGGAGCGGUAUUAUAAGGCUGUGAUAGAAGCCUGUGCCCUCCUCCCAGACCUGGAAAUCCUGCCCAGUGGGGACCGGACAGAGAUUGGUGAGAAGGGCGUGAACCUGUCUGGCGGCCAGAAGCAACGCGUGAGCCUGGCCCGGGCCGUGUAUUGCAACUCCGACGUCUACCUCUUUGACGAUCCCCUCUCGGCAGUGGACGCCCACGUGGGGAAGCACAUAUUUGAAAACGUGGUUGGCCCCAAGGGGAUGCUGAAGAAUAAGACGCGGAUCCUGGUCACGCACGGCAUCAGCUACCUGCCCCAGGUGGAUGUCAUCAUUGUCAUGAGUGGUGGCAAGAUCUCCGAGAUGGGCUCCUACCAGGAGCUGCUGGCCCGGGACGGGGCCUUUGCCGAGUUCCUGCGCACGUACGCCAGUGCCGAGCAGGAGCAGGGGGAGCCCGACGACGGCACCAAUGUGAUGGAUGAGGAGGAAGGCUUAGCAGGUGUUGGCAGGCCAGGGAAGGAGGUGAAGCAGGUGGAGAACGGCAUGCUGGUGACGGACGCUGCGGGGAAGCAACUGCAGAGACAGCUCAGCAGCUCCUCCUACGGCGGGGACAUCAGCCGGCACCACACCAGCACCGCGGAGCUGCAGAAGCCCGGGCCCGUGGAGGAGGACACCUGGAAGCUGAUGGAGGCAGACAAGGCUCAGACUGGGCAGGUCAAGCUCUCCGUGUACUGGGACUACAUGAAGGCGAUAGGACUUUUCAUCUCCUUUCUGAGCAUCUUCCUUUUCCUGUGUAACCACGUUGCUUCCCUGGCCUCUAACUAUUGGCUUAGUCUCUGGACUGAUGACCCCAUCGUCAAUGGGACCCAGGAGCACACGAAAGUCCGGCUGAGCAUCUAUGGAGCCCUGGGCAUUUCUCAAGGUAUCACAGUGUUCGGCUACUCCAUGGUGGUGUCCGUUGGGGGCAUCUUCGCCUCGCGCCGCCUGCACCUGGACCUGCUGCAUAACGUCCUCAGGUCGCCCAUGAGCUUCUUCGAGCGGACCCCCAGCGGGAACCUGGUGAACCGCUUCUCCAAGGAGCUGGACACGGUGGACUCGAUGAUCCCGCAGGUCAUCAAGAUGUUCAUGGGCUCCCUGUUCAAUGUCAUUGGCGCCUGCAUCAUCAUCCUGCUGGCCACUCCCAUGGUAGCCGCCAUCAUCCCGCCCCUGGGCCUCAUCUACUUCUUUGUCCAGAGGUUCUACGUGGCCUCCUCCCGGCAGCUGAAGCGCCUCGAGUCGGUCAGCCGCUCCCCGGUUUAUUCCCACUUCAACGAGACCUUGCUGGGGGUCAGCGUCAUCCGCGCCUUCGAGGAGCAGGAGCGCUUCAUCCGCCAGAGCGACCUGAAGGUGGACGAGAACCAGAAGGCCUAUUACCCCAGCAUCGUGGCCAACAGGUGGCUGGCUGUGCGGCUGGAGUGUGUGGGCAACUGCAUUGUCCUGUUUGCCGCCCUGUUUGCAGUGAUCUCCCGGCACAGUCUCAGUGCUGGCUUGGUGGGCCUCUCAGUGUCAUACUCACUGCAGGUCACCACUUACUUGAACUGGCUUGUUCGGAUGUCAUCCGAGAUGGAGACCAACAUUGUGGCCGUGGAGAGACUCAAGGAGUAUUCGGAGACUGAUAAGGAGGCUCCCUGGCGCAUCCAGGAGAUGGCACCGCCCAGCAGCUGGCCCCAGGUGGGCCGAGUGGAGUUCCGGGACUACGGCCUGCGUUACCGAGAGGACCUGGACCUGGUUCUCAAGCACAUCAACGUCACCAUCGACGGAGGGGAGAAGGUUGGCAUCGUGGGGCGGACAGGAGCCGGGAAGUCAUCCCUGACCCUGGGCUUGUUUCGGAUCAACGAGUCUGCCGAGGGAGAGAUCAUCAUUGACGAUGUCAACAUUGCCAAGAUCGGCCUGCACGACCUCCGCUUCAAGAUCACCAUCAUCCCCCAGGACCCCGUUUUGUUUUCGGGUUCCCUCCGCAUGAACCUGGACCCAUUCAGCCAGUAUUCGGAUGAAGAGGUCUGGACGUCUCUGGAGCUGGCCCACCUGAAGGGCUUCGUGUCGGCCCUUCCCCAUAAGCUGAACCACGAGUGCGCAGAAGGCGGGGAGAACCUCAGCGUCGGGCAGCGCCAGCUUGUGUGCCUGGCCCGGGCCCUGCUGAGGAAGACGAAGAUCCUUGUGUUGGAUGAGGCCACGGCGGCUGUGGACCUGGAAACGGACGACCUCAUUCAGUCCACCAUCCGGACGCAGUUUGACGACUGUACCGUCCUCACCAUUGCUCACCGGCUCAACACCAUCAUGGACUACACGAGGGUGAUUGUCCUGGACAAAGGGGAGAUCCGGGAGUGUGGUCCCCCCUCCGGCCUCCUGCAACAGAGAGGUCUCUUCUACAGCAUGGCCAAAGACGCUGGCUUGGUGUGAGCCCAGAGCGGGUGCAGCUACUCAGAACUGCAGGGCCGACAUGCCAGCAGCCAGGGAUGAGUCGGCAUCCUUGGGAACCCAAGCCUCGCGUAGACUGAAACCAAAAAAAAAAAAAAGAAAGAAAAAACCAAAACACACAGAAAGCAGCCACCCUCUGGCCCCCUGCCUGGAAUUGGCUGUGAAGAAACAGGAGAGACACAGGGAUGCGGUGCCCCCAAAACACGCACAUCCUUGCCUCUGUUACCCCCACAGACGCACACACGUUCUCACGCCCCUGGGAGGGCACAUGUGCUCUGUGGGGUGGUUUGGGCCGCCAGACUUCCAGAGAAAUCGGUUGCAUAAAACAUGCUAGUGACCAAAUCCAGCCAACUGCCUCAGAUCUCUCCAGCCGAAGUCUGUGGUUUCCAAGCUUUCGAGAAGCUCCCUGGUCCCCGACACCUCUCUGUCCUUGCCUGGCUCUACCCAGAUGCUUGUUUCCCCAAGGCUGCAGUUUGGAGGUGAGGGGCCUGGUGAAGAUCAUUUUCACUCUCAGGCAGUGUCCUGCGGGCCGUGGACGCGCUUCUCACCAGCCAUCUGGUCUUCUGGGUGCUCAGACGUGGGAACCAGUGUCACAGCACUGCCUCCACCGGGACUUGCUUCAUGGGCCAGAGGCCGCAUGUCUCCCAGCGCUUCUCGUUGACGGGACUGGGCUGGCCUCCGGGUGACCUGGCCCUGGAGCUCCAGGCCGGGAGAGUUCUCUCAACGUCGACUUCCCCGCUUGACUGCUCACCUCCUCACCCGCUCCCGUCUUUGCCUUGCCUUCCUUCCUCCCUCUUUCUACCUGUAGCUAGAAUGGGUUUACGCCUCCAGGUGCUGAAAGAGAAGACCUGCUCAUGGUUAUGCAGCGUUCAAAGCCAAGAGCGCUGGUGCCUCCAAGUGUGAGCAGUUGGUACUGAAAAGAGCCCCGUUGAGUCUCCUCCUUGUUCUUAGAUUUCAGUUUCUCACCCGGGGCCUCUGGUUGGCUGUCAGGGGCGGCAGGGUGGAGAACUUGACUUAUGGUUACUGAGUCUCUUCUGGGACAAGAAAAGAACCCAAUCGUGAGUGUCAGUGAUUUUCUUUUUCUUUUUUUUUUUUAAGUACUGCUCUAGGGAGAAAAACAGUCUCAAGACUUUAAUUUCUUGGGAGGAAGUACUGGGCCGAGGAGCGGCAUCCCAGGGAAUGGCCAUGUUGGCUCAGCAUCUGGUGGUUGGUCCCUGUGUUCCUGGAAGGAAACGGGCAAGUGGGGUCCUUUCUUCAAAGCCCUUUAGGUCCCUUGAUUGGAGACCAAAGUGAGACCCAAAAAGCAAAGAGAGGUCACGGCUGCCCCAAGAUUCAUGCUCGCUAUGUGAAUUACGUUGCUGACUUCAAGCCAGAGAAGCAUCUUUCUUCUUUUAGGUGGAAAUACAUAUUUAUUUUUUGUAAGUUAAACCAUUAUUUCACAUUAGAUAAACCAAGUGUUUCUUGGGGAUCUUUUUGUAAUGACUUACACUGGAAACGUGAACAUUUGCAAAUAAUUUGCAGUAAAAAAAAAAAUAUUUUAUUUCUUUCUAAAUGACUGUUCCAUUUUCUUUCUAGCGAAGGUU